AUGGCACCGAAUUGGUUGAUGAAAAAAGCCCACCGGGUGACUCCGGUGGUGGUGAAAAUGGAAAACCCAAACAACUGGUCAAUGGUGGAGCUCAAAGUUCCAUCGGAGGAAGAUUUCCUAAACGACGCCGUUUCGUCCAACAAAAGACGUGCCCACAACAAAAACGCCAGGCAGCUGACAUGGGUGCUACUCCUCAAAGCCCAUCGUGCCGCCGGUUGCAUCACCUCUAUCGCCUCCACCACAUCUCCCUUACUUAUGCGUUCGCCGGCGUGUAACAUCCGGCCGGACAGAUACAGAAACCGACACCGGAAUCCCCGUUAG